AUGGAACAUUUGGAGGAACCAAGAUCAGUGGAAGAUGGUCUUAGUCAGUGUAACUGUGAAGACUCUGUUCACACUGGAGAUGGGUCGGUGAACAUCAAGGGAAAGCUUUCUGUCAAGAAGAAAACUGGGACAUGGAAAGCAUGCCCCUUUAUUCUAGGUACUUUCUUUUGUGAACGUUUGGCAUAUUAUGGGAUUUCCAGUAAUCUUGUCAUUCAUCUCAACACAAAACUCCAUGAAGGACUUGUUCCUGCUGCAAAAAACGUUAACACUUUUCAAGGAACAAGCUAUCUGACCCCUCUCAUUGGAUCCUUCUUUGCUGAUGCUUACUGGGGAAGAUAUUGGACAAUUGCUGUGUUCUAUGGAAUUUAUCUCAUUGGAAUCUGCAUAUUGACUAUUUCAGCAUCCAUUCCUGCAUUGGAGCCAAUGGAAUGUGUGAAAGCUGUCUGCCCAUCAGCAACUUCAACUCAAAGAGCUGUAUUCUUCCUUGGACUCUAUUUGAUUGCACUAGGGACUGGUGGGAUCAAGCCAUGUAUUUGGCCAAUUGGGGCAGAUCAGUUUGAUGAUACUGAUCAUAAGGAAAGAGCAAGUAAAGGAUCCUUCUUUAAUUGGAAUUACUUCACCAGUAACAUUGGUGCACUUAUAGCAACCACUGUAUUGGUAUGGACUGAAGAAAAUGUUGGAUGGGGCCUAGGAUAUGGCAUUGCUUCCGCAUUCAUUGGUAUUGGAAUCAUUGUUUUCUUUCUGGGUACACCUAUCUAUAGACUUCAAAGGCCAGUGGGAAGUCCUCUUACAAGAAUUUGCCAAGUGGUUGCUUCUGCUUUACGUAAGUGGAAAUUGGAAGUUCCCCAGGACAGUUAUCUGCUCUAUGAAAAAACAGUGAACAAUUCUUCCAAUGAAGCAAGUGUUAAACUAGAGCAUAGCGAUGGAUUGAGGUUCCUUGAUAAAGCUGCAGUGAUAUCAGAUGCAGAAAAAGAGAGUGAUGAAGUAACUAGUCCAUGGAGGCUUUGCACAGUAACACAGGUGGAAGAGUUAAAGAUUUUGAUCCGCAUGUUUCCAAUAUGGGCAACAGGAAUCAUCUUCUGUGCUGUUUAUGCUCAAAUGUCUACAUUGUUUGUUGAUCAAGGGAAGAUGAUGAACAGAACUAUUGGUUCUUUCACCAUUCCUGCAGCCUCUCUUCGAACUUUUGAUCUCAUUGGUGUGAUUAUUUGGGUUGUUAUUUAUGAUAGAGGGAUUGUUCCAAUUGCAAGGAAAUUCACUGGCAAAGAGAGGGGCUUCUCACAAUUACAAAGGAUGGGAAUUGGCCUAUUUAUCUCAAUUAUUUGCAUGGUAGCAGCUGCUAUAUUAGAGAGCAAGAGAUUGAAAAUGGCAAGAGAGCUUGGAUUAGUUGAUAAAAAGGUUCCUGUACCACUAAGUGUAUUAUGGCAGAUACCUCAAUAUUUCUUGAUUGGUGCUGCAGAGGUAUUCACAUUUGUUGGACAACAUGAGUUUUUCUAUGAUCAAGCACCAAAUUCCAUGCGUAGUUUCUGCAGUGCUUUGGCACUUCUAACAAAUUCAUUGGGGAAUUACCUGAGCACUUUGAUUCUCACUAUUGUUGAUAGCCUCACAACCAAGGAUGGUAAUUCUGGAUGGAUAAAAGAUAAUUUGAACAAGAGCCAUGUUGACUACUACUUCUGGCUUCUAGCUGUACUCAGUUUCUUGAAUAUGUUGGUGUACAUUGUUUGUGCUACAAGGUACAAACAAAAGAAGGCUCAUUAUAGGAUUUUUCCUCAAGGGCAUGGUUCGUGA